UCUGACUCUGAACACAGAAGAGAUGAUCCAAAUCACUGCUUUGACUCUGCACCCCAAGCAGAUGGAGGUUUGGUUGCUCCUAUGUCUACAACUUUGGAUCCUUCAAUUCCUUUCGAAUCUGAUCGGAUGGUUGCUUUACAUUUUGGUUCCACAAAUGUUGAUCAACCCAGACCUGGGGAGCCAAGUAUUCAACCAGUUACUGUUGCUAUGUCCUCUUCAGCAUCGGGAUUCCAAGCCACUCAGAAACUGCCCAUGACUAAGUGCGUGAUAUCAACACAGCAAAACGCUGGAAAAACCAUAAUGGCACGUUUGACAGGGCGAUCUGACCCAUUCCUGAAAGGAGUUAAAUUUGGAUCAUGCCAGGGAGUGGCACCACCAAUGACUACAGUAUGUGUAGAAAAACAUCAUCCAGUUACACAGCAAACCAUUGGUCAAGGGACAGCAGCCAAAUAUCCUCGAUCAAACCAGCCUCCCUCAGCAGGGAAAGUUGCAGGUCAGAAUGCAAAAUCACCUCCUGUCAGCUGUGGCGUCCAAUCAAUAAAAGUUGUUGACUGAGUGCCUCAUCAUCAAAAAUGCCAGAAAGCUAGUGAGUGGGUGACGCAUUGUGGAAGCCAGUGAAGUCUCCAGGCUUUUCCAUCUUUGGGUUUUCAAUUGUCACCCUUAUUAAUGCUAAUGAUCUAACCUAUAUGCAAAUUUGCAAUUGCAUUAUUGGACAUGGUGUCCAUUCAAAGUAUUUUGCAGAACGUAUAGGGUUUGACUUGUGCAGGAAAUGUAUCAAUAGUCUUUAAAUGCUGCAAAACUCACUGUAUUGAUUACAGGGUUAAAACUGAUGCUUCAAUUUUUUUGGCUCAUUAAGAAAAGAUCACUGAGCAGUGGCCAGAAAGCACCACUGAAGGCAAAAUGCUUGUGUGGGACUAGGUUCUAUGAAGGUUCCAUGAAAUUGAAAUUGAACACUGAAGCAUCUCUCAGUAGAACCUUGUAAAGUUUUAUGAACUCAACCAUAAGGUUGUUUUUGUUUAAAGACAGCAUCUAUCAUUGAAGGAAUUGUGGGUUAAGGAGAUGUAGCUCCACAAUUGGAGUUGUACAGUAUUCCCCACACUAUUUUUCAAACCCAUGGAAGAAGUAUUUGGCAAUGUGUUUUAUAUGUUACUAUUUAUGUGCUUUAUGAUAAUACAACUAAGUGGUUGCAUAAAAAUACACUUUAAGUAAUGCUGGAUUAAGUAGAAUCCUUGAAUAACAUUAAUGCUCAAUUUUAUUUCCAUUUCCUGUCUGCUAAUCAUAUUAUGGGCCAGGAUAUAUUGUCAAAAUCUGUGGUAGUAAGAGGGACAUCUUAGGAAAAACUACUUGAGCAACUUCUAAAACAAGUUGUCACUAAUAAUAGAUUGCAGAAUUAAAUCUUUUGACUGGAAAGCAUCAUUAAAACACUUUUUUUAUAUUUUAAUUUUGUAUCAAUGCUGCCAUUUAUAUUGUCUUAUCAAGUACAUUUAUGUAAUCAAUUUCCGGCAUUGCCAUUGGGAAUUUAAAAUCUGAAUUCAUGCAGUUUUUAGAAAUGUGCUGAAACAGCAGACAUGAUGCAGAGCACCUGUCUGCUGUUUUUAUAAGAAUGGCAGAGUGCAAUUUGGGAAAAGGAAUACUAAUUUUUUUGAAACUCAAUUUCUUCCACUCUCCCCAUUUAUGCAAUAAUAAGGGACAUUGAUAGACUUUGCAGUGUUAAGGGGUGUGGGAUGGUAAUAUUAUCGUUGAGAUAUAUAUGGCCUUAAUGUGUCUUAAAUUUGUUUUACCUGUUCAAAGCAAGAAUGUUAUUGAACCUGAUCCAUCCCAUAUACUAAAGAAUACUGACAUUGGGCUUGGCACAGCUGAGUGUUAGAUCAUGUUUGAACUAGUCAUCAGAAACAAUUGUUUUUAAUUUUCAUAGUUAAAACUUGUUUGUCUUAAAAAAAAAUAAAAAAUUUUGCCAAAUAUAUUUGGUUUGAAGAGCCAGUUUUUGUAAUAUAACUUAUAAUUCCUAUUCAACUGUGCAGUGUAAGCAGUUUUGUUCAUUUUAGGAGUACAAAUCGAAGUUUGGUUUACAGGUAUAAUGUAAAUUUCUUCUGUAUAAA